CCUCUUCCUCGCUCUGCUAAUCGGCCGCGAGUAAACUCAGCUGCCUGCGAUUUUGGCCCACCCCUCUCCGUCGACCCCAACCUAGAACGACUGUCUUCAUUGCGUAUCGAGAGUCUGACUGGGGAGACUAACCCCAACCUCGCGUUAUGUCGAAGAGACCUCGAUCGCCCUCCGGCAAACCGGAGAACAAACCCGUGCGGCUCCCGACCCUCGACGCAAGCCAUCUUCCGUUCACCUCUUCGGAAAGGACAACUCCUCCGAAGAACGUCCCCUUUCAACAGCCUCUCCCCUUGACGACGUUUUCAUACACUCCCUCUCGCUCGCUCGAGUUCACCAACUCUGCACUCAAGUACUAUAUUGAGCCUCCCCGGAACGCGAACCUAAACUAUGGAUACGACAGAUGGAUACGGAGACCGGCCGAGAAAGGGAGGAUUGACGCGUUGUUGAAGGCUUGGGACAAAGUACGGAGCGAAGGUCGCCCUGUAGGGGAUAUCGGCGUUAUAAGCUGGAGAGGCGUCAUGACCAAAAUAUUGACAGCGCCGUAUGAGGAGCGCGACAGCUGGGCGCUGAAUGUCAUGAGCGUGAACGGGACACUAUACUUCGAAGAACACCUCACACAAGCCAAGCUCGAGGACAACAACAACAUGGCACCUCGGCAGCGCAUGUUCACAUAUUACGGAUACGCGUUCGAAUCGUGGUGCACUUCACCGGAUCCACCAACCCCUGAUACGCAAGGUCGGUGGGGCGGGGAUGUGGACACCAACGUUCAGUGGUGCAGCGUUGUCAAAACCAAGCUGGGCAACACGAGACUGGUCAUCGGCGGUGAGGUGGAUUGCGUACGAGGGACAUACCAGGAUACGAACGAAUCGCUCGUCGAGCUCAAAACAUCGAUGAACAUCCGCAAUGCACAAGAUGAGGCCCGUUUUGAGCAGAAACUUCUCAAAUUUUACUUUCAAUCUUUCCUUCUCGGCGUUCCUGAAAUCGUUGUGGGCUUUCGCACGCCGUCGGGCCAUUUGACCACGACGCAGUCCUUUCGCACACUCAACCUGCCGCGGCUCGUUCGGGGAAAGCCGAAAGCGUGGGAUCCCGCAGUAUGCUUGGAAUGGGCGGACAAGUUCCUCGGCUGGGUGAAACGCAAUAUAGUCGAAGACGAGUCCGUUACAUCAAGCGAACCUCAGGAGGCCGCAGACCCAUCGGGGAAAGCGAAUGAGGAGACGCUCCAGCAGGAAGAAGAAAAAGGAACGAAGAGAAGCAUCGACGCAGUACCGCCGGACUCGCAAGUCCGAGUGUAUCGCGUUACGUUCAACCCCAAGGAUGGCGCCUCGAUGCGGCUCCUCGACGACGACGGUGUCGCAGAGGUUCAGGGAGGCGACGAACCCGGCGGGGUGCACGCAGUGGAUAGAGUCGGUUUCCUGCCGAAGUGGUUCUGGGAGAAGGAAGUACAGAAGAAGGUCCACGGGCGCCCGCCGCGGUCGACACUACUGGAAAAUGAUUUGCUGGAUCGGGAACGACUACGGUCCCCGGCGACAUCGUCAGAGGCCUUGGGUCAUGCCGCGGGCAAACCAGAGCUUGCCGGGUGGCGGAUUUAGCGAAACAUUGAGGCCGUUGGACGUACGUCUUGCGCUUUCACAAUAGUUUGGCCCUCGGGAUCAAGUUCUCAUGACCAGGAACAUGUGGAUUUCAUGGGAUUCAUCAGAGCGCGCCAGUUCUUCAUCACCUAUACGUCCUGUACCAUUUGCACGUCUUCGGCACUACUUGCAAGAAAUUAUGACUGUUGACC